AUUAGGUCAUUUCCGCGGUGGAAACAAUGGUGGAACGCAGAGAUUUGUAAGGAAAGCCAACGUUACACCCGUCCCUAAUACAUUCGAUUUAGUUUUAAAUAGUGCCACUAUUGCGCCCAAUCAUGGCCAAUAAUAAUAUCAUCUUUACACCCUUUUUACCACCUAAGAAGAAACCCGAUCGAGAUUCUGAGUGGAGAAAAUUAAAGGACAAAUCCAGAAAUCGGAUUAAUAUCGGAGAAGCUUUUACCAGAUGGAGGAACCUCAAGGAGGAGAAAUCUAUGCCUACAGAUGCCGAAGUGGCUUUGUUUUUGCUUGACAGGUUAGCUGCCCCCCCUCCACAACCUGCUGCCCCCCCUCCCUCCCCAGACGAUAUCAUUGUGAACAUCGAAUGCCUGCUGCAGCUGUUUCAGCGGUGUGAGCAGUGCAGGCGUGAGAGUGUGAUCCAGACGCAGGGAGACAGGAUGUGCCUCUCUGUGACCCAACACUGCCAGAGCUGCAACCACCGCAGGACAUGGGCAAGCAACGCAUCUACUGUCCAGACAAUGCACAAAGGAAAUGGAGAAGAGCCACAGAAUAUUCAGGUUGACAUGCAGGUGGCCCUGCCUUCUGAGGACACAGAUGGAUCCUUGCCAUCUGUGAACCGAGAUGGAGACUUGCCAUCGGAGAACAGAGAUGAGGCUCUGGAUCUGACUGGCUCUUUGGAGAUGGAGGUGACUGUAGACCAGCCACCAAGACCAGGGGGAAGUGGCACGUCCCUGGUGAGGGGAAAAAAUGAGGGGAACAAAGGAACAGAGCAGAGAAAGAAAGUGACUAAGCUGGUGUUGGACAGUGAGAUGGACAGUGCACGAAGCCAGGAGGACAAUGGCCUGUCCUCGCAGGAGAAUGAGGAAGGAGAGGAGAGAAAGGGAAAGCCCCUAGGUGGUGAACAACAGGAGAAUGGUGCUGAGCAGCGGGCCUCUAUUGAGGUGACAAUAUACUCUAUAGAGCCUGAGGACUCUGAAAGCCCAACCUCUCAGAUAGACAAAGAAGAGAAGAAGCAGGUGGCUGCAGAUGGGUUUGAGGGGGAGGGUGAUGUGUGUGAGAUGGAGGGUGAAGAGACAGAUGAGGAAGAUAGACAGACAGAGAGUGACUCUGAAUUUCACCCAGAAGAUGAGGAAGAGGGACUGAGAGAGAGUGACUCUGAAUUUGACCCAGAAGAGGAGAAAUCAACGAGUAGUAGAGGGAGAGGGAGAGGCAGGGGAAGGGGUAGGGGAAGGGGUAGUGGGAAAGGGAGAAGCAGAGGAAGGCAAUUGCAGCAGCCUACAGGGGAGACUGGUUUGGAUGAGUCUGCUGAAGACUCUGAUGGAUCACCUUUAUCAUCACCCCAGAGAGACCAGCAGGACCAGGAGUCGUUCAGCGGUGUCGCUGGAGAACUGGGCUCCGGGGACAGUGCCAGUAUCCGGCAGAAAUUCAAAUACUCUAAAAAACACCACAUGGUCCUCUGUCCUGAAUGUGGCGUCCUGUACACCACCAGGCUGAAACACCAUAAGUGUGAACACAAGUUCAUGGUCCGCUGUCCAGACUGUGGGCAGGGUUGUGCGAGUGAACUGGGCCUCAAGCAGCACCGGAGGCUUCACCGUCAGGACCUUAAGUUUCCCUGUAAGUUCUGCCUCCAAUCCUUCAGGACGCGGCCGGACAAGCUGACCCACGAGAAGACCCACAGAUUCAAAAGAUUAAAAGGUCACAGAUGCUACAGCUGCUCAGAGUGCCCACUGAGCUUUGACAACAUCCUCAUACGGAAUCGCCAUCUCAGAGAGCACGAGUCCAAGAGACACAUCUGUCACACAUGUUACAAGGAAUUCAACAAAGGUCACCUCCUGGAGAGGCACGCACUGUCCCACAGUGACGACAAGCCCUUCAAGUGCCAGGUGUGCCAGCGUGCCUUUGCCCAGCUCAGCCAGCUGAAGUCCCACCUGCGCGUCCACACUGGGGAGAGGCCCUUCCAAUGCCAGCGCUGCGACAAGAGCUUCAAUCACAACGUCAGCCUCAAGAACCACGUCAGACGCUACCACAGCCCAGACUCAGGGCUGGACCCUGAUGGAGGCACAGAAGUUGGGGGACAGGGGGGGAGGAGGGAAACAGAUGGCAGGACUGGGCAGGAGGGAGGGGAGGUUGGACAGAGGAAGCCUCGGCAGCAGGUAGAGCUUACCUUUAUGACUGAGUGGGAGAUGUGGGCAGGAGGAGAGGGAGCAAAGAGAGUGGAGGAGAAACAGAGGAAGAGGAAACGCCAGUGCAAUGAUGAUCCUGAAGAGGAGGAGGAGAGACAGCGAGAGAGUGACUCUGACUUUGACCCAGAGGAGGAGAAGAAGAUUGGGGGGAGUAGUAAAGGGAGGGGGCCAGGGAGAGGAGGGGGGAGAGGAAGUGGAGGGAGUCACUAGCAGAGGCCUACAGGAGAGACUUCUGCAGGCACUGAUGUUGGAGAGAUGGGGGGACAGAGAGACAAAGGCUGUAUUCAUUAGUGCACACUGUAGCAAAACAUUUUGUAACUGAAAAUGAAAACAAGCGUUUGUUAUUGGACAAGUUCAGGCACUGCCUCGCCGUUUUGGCCCGUUUGCUUCUGAUUUGUUCUUAGUGAAUAUGACUUUAAAAAAGAAACAUUUAUUUAACUAGGCAAGUCAGUUAAGAACAAAUUCUUAUUUACAAUGACAGCCUACCCCAGCCAAAC